AUGUCGGAGUCAAUCAAGGAGUCCAUCAGCCAUCUCGAGACUGUUGCAGAUGAACGGGGAGUUACAGGUUCUCUUGACAUGAAAGAGCCGAAUGUUGAUCCGAAUCAUCCCCAGAACUGGUCCACAGCAGCGAAAUUAUGCACAUAUCUUACCGUCUGCUUCUACACCUUCCUCGGCAACGUAAACGGGAGUAACUUCACGGUCGCGACUCAAGCAGUUAUCAAGGAAUUCCACGUUUCGCAGACCCAAGCUGGCGAGCUAGUAUGCUUUAACGUCUUCCUGCUAGGCUUGGGAAAUGUCUUCUGGGUACCACUGAUGCGCGUCGUCGGCAAGCGACCGGUCUACUUAUUGUCUAUGCUAUCUCUCGCUAUGAUGAACGUCUGGUCUUCUCGCGCAUCGAGCUAUGGGGAACUGCUGGCUUCGCGGAUCUUAUCGGGGUUUGCCUCUGCUGCCGCAGACGCGACGGUGCCAGCGGUCGUGUCAGACAUGAUACCACCGCAGGAUCGGGGUCAUUAUCUGAUGUUCUUCCAUUUGGCCCUCACCGCAGGACUUUUUAUCGGCCCCUUGAUCAACGCAUAUCUGGUUCAGGAAGAGGACUGGCGAUGGAUGUGUUAUUUUCUAGCCAUCGCCACGGCCGCGACAUUUGUUAUUGCCAUUUUUACUGUCCGCGAGACCACGUAUCUUCAAAAGAACGCGUUCGCCCCGAAGCGCAAGACGUGGCAGUGGAUGUCCCUGACAGUGGGAUAUAACCCGGAUGCGUCAUUCUUUCGAACAGUGUCAGAUAUUGUGUGCAAUGUAGCAUAUCCGCAGCUGCUCUGGGCAGCGUUCGCCAUUGGUAUCUCGGUCGGAUGGAACAUCGUCGUCCAAUUAACUGCCUCGCGUACAUUCACCGCACCCCCCUACAACUGGCCCGCAGGAAGCUUGGGGCUUCUCUCCCUAUCCGGAUUCAUCGGCUCCGUGCUAGCCUUCUGGCUGGGUGGGCGAUUGAUCGACAUUAUCUCCACUCGCUAUACAAACCGACAAGGAGGGCCGCGUCUACCGGAGUAUCGACUCCCCGCCAUCGUAAUCCCUGGCGUCAUUGGUCCAAGCGGAAUUUUGAUCUUCGGUCUUUGCAUCGCGCAUCAAACCCAUUGGAUCGGAGCGGCGUUCGGAUACGCCAUGCAGGCAUUUGGCGUAGCGGCCAUUUCCAACGUGGCAGUGACUUACUCCCUAGAUUGUUACAGGCCGAUUACCGGCGAAGCUUUGGUCGUUAUCUUUACUGUGCGCAAUACCAUCGGUAUGCUGCUGUCCCUUUAUGCGGCCGACUGGAUUCAGCGUCAGGGUCCCGCCCCUGUCUUUGGGGAGAUGAUGGCCAUUCAGGUCGCUAGUAUCUUACUCGCUAUUCCUCUUUUUAUCUGGGGUAAACGGUUACGGGCUGUGACAUCUCGGUAUGGACCGAUGAAGCGAUUCCAGGAUCAGGUCGAGUCAUGA